AUGGCGACCAGUGCAGCUCAAACACGUGUGAAAGAAGAAGUUGAGAAGUCGAUCGAAAAACUCGAAAGAGAUCAGCUAAGAGGACUCCAGGUCAGUAAGAAUCUUCUGGAUCAUAAAUCCUUUAAACUUAAGAUUUACAUUCAACGUUUUUUGUGAUCUGAAUGCUAAUGGGUCACAUACCGAUACUUGGGACACUGUGUCUGUAUGAUUUGUGAACGUAAAUAGAUUUUUAUAAUAUACUUGGUGAUAUAUCAAAUUUGUUGCUUCCAAAACCGGAGGCUUAAAUGGCCUAAGGUCAGCAAAAAAAAGGCGAGGAAUUUGCAUGAAUAAAAGAAGGCUUUAACUAAAAUGAUUAAAAUACUAUUAGAUCAAAAGAAAGAAAAGACAGUCAGAAAACUCACGACUGAAAUACAAUACUUAACUACUAGUUUACAAUACUUAAACAACUAAUUGUUAUGACUAUUAAAUUUACUAACUUUUGAUAAUAUAUUCCCAUAAACCACACAAACAAAAUACACCCAGUGUAGUCCCUCAAGGUAUACAAAAUUGGUCACAGGAGACUUGAGUAAACUAUCAACAAGUUUAAUUUUUUGGGCGUGGCUCAAAUAGAGUAAUCGAAACGGCUUGUUUUGACGUAAAAGUGCAAUAGGCAUGCAAUAUGCGCCAACGUAAACAAGGCAAGUAAACAAGCAAAGCGAGGCAAAUGUCUGCCGUACAAACGUCAUUCAACACCACAUAUUCUCCUUCAUCAUUUUCGUAAAGUAUACCAAAAUCAGUGUUCUCCCCAGGUAUUUAAGGCUAGGCGGGCCACUUGGCUUAAUUCACUGGAAAAUCGUUGGCGCCUGGCUUAAAACCAAAGAUUUAUCCAGUUACAUGUGCUUAUGUUGACAUCUAGAACUAGGUACUUCACUCAAUAACGUCAAUGAAACAUUGUCCGUGGUGUUUUUGCUUGUGUGUUUUCUCAUAAUUAACUGAUUGUAAAAGUGAUUUACCAUUGGAUGAAUAUGUUUAACCUGUGAUACACUCGUUUCACUGAAUGGCAGCCAUCUUGAAAUUGACCGACAGAUAAGGGCCCUUCAGGGAGCUUACGUGGAGUAAGAACUGAAAUUCUAGGGCUCACAUUUCAAGUAGUACCCUAAGUCACAAUGGAAAACUUAGACAGGCAACCCAAGAUGCGUGGAACAAAAAAGAAAAGCUUGUCAAAGCAAAUUGAUUUUUUUUAUUGUACAAGCAUUUAUCAAAUAUCUGAGUCAGAAGACCCCCUGGCCUUCCCAAAAUCCUAGCAGGGCUCGAAAUUGCGACUCACUGGUCGCCAAUGCGACCAAAAAUUGAGCACUGGCGACUAAAUUUUCAGAACUGGUCGCCAGCUGGCGACUCGCGUUUUGUCCGAUGACUAAAGAAAACCACGACACAACUUUUGUUUUUAAAUCUUUAUAUUUGGAAAUCAAUCGGAUAUGGUAGCUAGUAUACAACUCACCUUUCCGUCCCCAGUAAAAUAAUGUCUGAAUAUUACAAGAUAAUCGACACGUCGAUACUGCGUUCAGGGCGCGCCAUAUUGUUUCAGCGGCUUCUUCCGAAACUGGGAUCGCAGGCGCACUUCAACAACAAAAAUGGUGGCAGAUACGGUGUCUCCGUAACUCCCGCAACAUUUUAGGUUUUAUUUUCCUAAAACGUUCUGUCUAAAAGGAAACGAAGACCCAAAAACUGCACUAAGCCCAUUUUUGUUUCCUCCCGGUCGGAGACUGGUACGAGCAAUGUGGUUGCGUAGAGGCCUGGGCCAAGCAUGGCGUUGUUUGUCGGCAGCGAAAGGCGUUGAGGAAAGCAAGUCGAAAAUAAAGAACGGCAUUUCGUAGAAGUAGCAAAGGGCAAAUACACAAGGACCCGUGUUUGUCUCAGAAUGAAAACCACGGACUUAAAACGUUUUAUGCUUCGCUUCAUUUAAAAUGACUAUGGAGACAACCAUCACCUUCGGACCAGAGACAUAUCACCUGAGAACAACGGUAGCUUUAUAACUAAGUGUUACUCGUGUUGUUUCUAAUUGUUUUCGCUCUUCAGUUGUGACUUUUCUUGCAUGCAAAGUAACGUAUAAAAUCGUGUUCUUGUGUAAGUUAUAUAUAAAAUAAGUUGGCGACCAAAAUUUACGAUCUGGCGACCAAAAUUUUUCCGUUAGUCGCCAGCUGGCUCCCGAACAAAAAAGUUAAUUUCGAGCCCUGCCUAGGGGGAACACUGAAAAUCCAUAAAACGUGUCUACGGAAUCUCACGCAAAAUGUAGUUUUUUUAAAUCCUCAACACUCCCAGGCGGAUCCUCAAAAAGAACCCUUCUAGUAUUGCCAAUUGACCACUCCAGAAAAUAUGGUAACUUUAACAUACCAUAAUGGUCUUUGUUUGUCACCCCAAAUUUUGCAUAAACAUUGUUUUCAGUUUCUCUUGGGACCAUUUUAACUCCCAAGAGCAACUGAAGACAAUGCUUAUGCAACAUUUUGGAGUGACAAACAAAGAGCAUGAUGGUAUGUUAUGGUAUUUCUGGAGUGGUCAAUUUGAACUUGAAUUUACAUCACCAUAUUGACACAUGCAAACUUUAAAAAUAGAAUACUCUCCCACGAAAAACCUGAAAACAACCUUAGACAGCACAUGAUCAAAACACGUUCAUACGGUGCCAAAAAGUGGUCAAUUUCACGACAGAGUAACCAUUAAUGUUUCAUUGGCCAAAACUGACAGGUUGAAUUGUGAAACUACGCGCAGAAUUUGUCGCACUUCAAGGAUGGUAGUAAUCCAAUGAUAUCAUUUGUUGCAAAAUUUUUCAAAGCAGCAGUAAGAAGCAGUUUGGAUAAAAUUUGGCGAUGGUGUUUCGAGGAACAUAUUGUUGAAGUACGUUAUCGAGGGUUAAACUUACAAACGCACACACUAUUCGCGGGAGGCCCACACUAAAAUAACACUGAGUGUUUUCAUGAUGGGCUGGUCCACGAACUCAAAGAAAAACAAAGGAAAUUGUUAAGACAUUCAAAGACCAUGGACCUCAUAGAUGCAAUAACAAAUCAGAAUGUCAGGAGUGUACUUGUAAAAUCGAUAAGAGUUUGAACAGAAGAAUGUGUAUCAAGUCUGAGAGUCACAAGAUUUGUGUAGCUGGUAAUCAGUGUGACAAUAGUGAUUUUGAUUUUCACAAUGCGAAACACAAGGAGCUGCCUGUGAUAAAAGUCUCUUCCGAUGAAGGAAGAGAAGAUUGUCAACAAUUGAAACCAAAAGGGACCCAGGCUUCUUUGGGAACUACUGUGAUAGCAGUAACAAUUAUUCUUCUUAUUCUUUCAAUUUUGUUUAGCAGAGUGACUGUUAAUGUACUUGUUUUGUAUUGUGCGUUGUGUUUUUCAUGUAAUUGUGUAUCUUGUGACGCGGUACAUGUACGAUGCGCGGCAUCGGGAUUUUGCAUUAUCAGCAAGUUUUGUGUCAAGAGUGUUUUGAUGUCAGUGAGGUGACGACAAGAGAAGGCAUUGAGUCAAUUGUACAGAAGGAAAAUUGUUUUGUGGAGGAAAUAAAAGAAGUUGAAUUGAGAUCUCGUCGUGGAAAAUUUAUUUAUAACAGAACUUGCAAUUAUCCAGUUGGUUUAAAUAAGGUUAGUCAUUUUUCAUGACAUGGUGUGCACCUAGCAGACUACUGAUGAAGAAAUUAAAAUCUUUGUUAAAGAAAACACGGAAAGUGAGACUUCUUGUGUGGAAGGGAAUUCUGAAAAAUACACCAUUGUCGUCUAAAAUUCAUUGUUACGUCAAAAUUAAAAUAGAAAUGGUUUAUACUUAAACUGGUACACAAGAAGAUCGUCUGCAGCUCUGAUCAUGAUCUGCCUUCUUUGUAAUCGCUGAAUCUUUUUUUGCCUUUUUAUUGUCUAAAUCUUUCUUCUGUGGUUCUGAUCUGCCUUCUCUGAAUCCUACUAUCCGACCCGCCAUAUUUAAUCCCAAUUGUUUGUAACAGCCAAUCAGAGAACUCCUUGUAAAAAGCUGCAUGUUAUCUGUUAGGUGGGGUGAGGUAUCAAAAUAGGGUUUUAAGUAAGUAUUUGUCCCUUUGUACAUGCAACUAUCCAUUUUAUAGUGCUUACAAGAGUUUGAUUCACCAGGUUAAUUUUGGCCAAUUUAAGCUUUCUACUGAUAUCGAGAAGAAUCCAGGACCUUCAGUUUAUGUAGAUGCUACAAAAACGAUUCAUGUUCCAUACUUUCAAGGAAACGUUGUUGUAUUUGGGGAAAAUGCGGGACAACAAUUUGUUGUAAUGAGUUUUUAUGCUUUAAUUUAUAGUAAGAUAAGAAGGAUUACUUCAGUCGAUGAUAUGAUUCAGUUAAUGACUGUUGGUAACCUUUAUUAUAUUCUAGUCUGUCAUUACUUGCAAGACAAUCUCUGGUAAUGUUAACAGAAUUGCCAGAAAUGGUUACAGUGUUUGAGCGAUUUUUCCAGCUUGAAUACAGUGAAAGUUAUACUUGUAACAUGCAUGAUGAUGCCAGAAUUAAGGGGUAUCACUACUGUGUGCCACUUGAAACACCGUUGGCUCUGAACUACAACUCGUUCAUUUUAACUGUGGGAAUUAUUGGUGUUGAUUCUCAUGCUAGAGAUAUGUAUAGUAACAGUCAUAGUUAAGGUUUAUGUGUAUAAUUUGUUGGAAAUAACAUCCAUGCGUAAAUUACCGGUAGCAGUGUAAGCAAUUAAUGGUGUCCUUAGUUGCAAUCAAUGUGGCUAAGAGCAAAUCUGUGUUGAAGAUGUGCAUUUCAAAACAUUGUCAUGAAGUGACAGCAUUUAUGCGGUGGAUUGGAACAUACUGUAUAAGCUGUGUAGUUCAGCAAAGAAGUAGAGUAAGGGAUUUAUCUUUUCUUUUGGGAUACGAUGACAGUUAGGUGAAAGACUUGUUAAAAGUAUCAAAAGCAUACAGUCAUUAGUUGAAGAAAUUUGUAAAAUUAGACAGAGUAAGUUAAAUUGUCAAAGACUACAAUAUGAAAUACACUUUAUAUUAUGCUCAUGCAAAAUUGAAAGCAGUGAAAGGAAAAAGAUUGCGAGGAAACACAGGUACAGUUCAUUUGAAUAUUGUGAGGUGGAACUGCUUAAAAAGAAACGUUUAGUUACAAGGAGAAAAGAAAAUAGACAGAUCGGGGCAUAGAUUUUUGCAUUGAACAGUAUGAAAAUAAAAUAAGAAAAGGUCCCUUUCAUAUCCCGUAUUUAUUCAAUUAACCGCCCUGGGUGCAUAUUAAAUUUUUGGACCUUGAGAGUGGGCGCUUAUUCGAUGUGGGCACUUAUUCGAGGCUGGGCUUUUAUUAAAUUUCCACCAUUUUCAGCAAGUGUAGUAUGUUUAUUGUGUACCAAAUCAAAAAAAGGUAAUAAAACGCGAAGAUGUAACAAAGCAAGUUCUGUAAAAUACUCUGAAGAAAAUUCCGUCUUUGGGGAAGUCUCCUAUUAGUACUUAUUCAUUUUUGUCAGGUGGUAGGGGGAAGCGGGGUAGGUUUUGGUUGUGGGCACUUACUUGAGUUUGAGUGGAAGGGGGAGGGGGUGGGCGCUUAUUCGAGGCUGGGUGCUUAUUAACUUUUUUUUCCUUUAAGAUGGGCGUUUAUCCAAAGUUGGGCGCUUAUUCGAAUAAAUACGGUAUGUUGUCUUUGUAAUCAAUAACUUUAUAAGAGAUUAGUGCACAUUUUUGGCAAAAGUAAAGAUUCGUGUCAAAAUUUGUUAAGUGUGCAGUCUUCAUUUGAUGGAAAACAGUAUGUUUGUAAAACAUGUCACUUAAUACAUACAUAUUUUUCUAUCAACACCUCAGGGCUCGAAAUUAACUUUUUUGUUCGGGAGCCAGCUGGCGACUAACGGAAAAAUUUUGGUCGCCAGAUCGUAAAUUUUGGUCGCCAACUUAUUUUAUAUAUAACUUACACAAGAACACGAUUUUAUACGUUACUUUGCAUGCAAGAAAAGUCACAACUGAAGAGCGAAAACAAUUAGAAACAACACGAGUAACACUUAGUUAUAAAGCUACCGUUGUUCUCAGGUGAUAUGUCUCUGGUCCGAAGGUGAUGGUUGUCUCCAUAGUCAUUUUAAAUGAAGCGAAGCAUAAAACGUUUUAAGUCCGUGGUUUUCAUUCUGAGACAAACACGGGUCCUUGUGUAUUUGCCCUUUGCUACUUCUACGAAAUGCCGUUCUUUAUUUUCGACUUGCUUUCCUCAACGCCUUUCGCUGCCGACAAACAACGCCAUGCUUGGCCCAGGCCUCUACGCAACCACAUUGCUCGUACCAGUCUCCGACCGGGAGGAAACAAAAAUGGGCUUAGUGCAGUUUUGGGUCUUCGUUUCCUUUUAGACAGAACGUUUUAGGAAAAUAAAACCUAAAAUGUUGCGGGAGUUACGGAGACACCGUAUCUGCCACCAUUUUUGUUGUUGAAGUGCGCCUGCGAUCCCAGUUUCGGAAGAAGCCGCUGAAACAAUAUGGCGCGCCCUGAACGCAGUAUCGACGUGUCGAUUAUCUUGUAAUAUUCAGACAUUAUUUUACUGGGGACGGAAAGGUGAGUUGUAUACUAGCUACCAUAUCCGAUUGAUUUCCAAAUAUAAAGAUUUAAAAACAAAAGUUGUGUCGUGGUUUUCUUUAGUCAUCGGACAAAACGCGAGUCGCCAGCUGGCGACCAGUUCUGAAAAUUUAGUCGCCAGUGCUCAAUUUUUGGUCGCAUUGGCGACCAGUGAGUCGCAAUUUCGAGCCCUGCACCUCAGGGCCACUUUUAACAGAUUUUGACUCUAUUACCAACAUCCAAUAAAAACAACCCCAUGUAGAAACCCAGCAACUACCUCACAAACUACAUCCAUUAUCUUAGCUAUCAACUUCCAAUAUAACUUCACGCCUACUACUUCACUCAUCUCAACUAACCCCUCAAAUAUACAAGACCACUGCACUACCCACAUAUCCCUCAUACACGUAAUAAACUUCACAUACACUUAAUUAGUACAACUAAGCCUAAAUAAACGCUCCCACAGGGUCUUGUUAAGUUUAAGCUUGAUUAAUCUAACGAGUAAUUAUCAAAUACUAAUUAUGACUACUAAAUCUACAAACACUCGAAAAUAUAUUCCUAUAAACCAUACAAAACAAGGAAAUACAUCUAGUACAGUCCCACAAGGUAAACAAAAUUGGUGACAAGAGAUUAGGUUAAACUAUAAACUUAACGGAUAUAAAUUCUAUAGCUCUUCAUCAAUUUAUGCAUAGGCUAAAUUAAGUACUCAAAAUGUGCAGUCAGGCUUAACUUUUUUUUAAAGUUACUAUGUUAUGCACUAGUCAAUUGCAAUUGACCCCCAAACCCCCCGGGGAAUAAUGGGAAAAUUUACAGCUGUACCUUUGUAAUUUGAAGGAUUUACCCCAGGCCCUAGGGAAAGAUUCACAUGACAAUUACCCCUAACUAGUAAGCUGUCUGUCAACAAACCGCUAUUCAAGUUUAACAAAUGACUCACUUUAACUGAUCAAAUAUUUGAAUUGAGUUAUGCAUCAUAUCUCUCCUCCACACAAUAACAAAAAAAAAGCCAGAUAUAAACUGAAAAACUUUUAGAUACUAAUCAAAAUGCGUUCAUCAAUGUAUGACAGAGAUUCAUGUAAUGGUCUACAAAUCAUAGGUUGAAAAAGUUAGCUUUAUGUGUAGUGUAUUAAAUGUUCAAAAUUAAUUUUCCCAGCUUCAUAUGCCUUUUUGGACAAACACAUGACAGCAAUAGAGAAACUUUGUGUUCAUGGGUCUGUGUGUUUGUAUUUUAUUUAAAUUUGUUGCAUCAUGUAGUAAUGCUAGGACUGAAACAGCCAUAUCAUAAAAAGCAUAGCCCAGAGAAGGUUGGGUAGCAGUUGGCAAAGGAUCAUGGGGCGAUUUAUUGAGGAGCUCAGUACAGCUGGACGGAUCUCCAUGAUCCACAUCUUCUCGCCAAGUUUAGCCAUAAUUAUGUUAAAAUUCAGAAUACUUUUGAAUAAGACAAUUUUAUCCUAUCCAAAUUGUUAAUUUUUCACGAGGGAGUGGCUGAAUUAGCUUUCAAACUCUGCUAGUUUGCUUUGAAAGUUAGCCAGGUCACAGCCUUCAUGAAAGCUUGACGUCAUUGAUCAUGGUCAACAGACUCCCCACCCUGGGGAUAGAUGUGUGUAGCUGUAAAUUUUUGGUAAUUUCCCAGAGGGUAGUGCAAGAAAUGAAUGUAAUAUCAAUGUAUUUGUCCCAUUAUUGCUCCUCAAAAUCCCCACUAUCUGUGGGGGUUUGGGGGGUUGAGGAUGCAAUUGACUAGCGCAUUAGCAAUUAGUAGCUAUACGUGAAAGGUCUGAACGGACACCGGUACUACUGUCUUUCAUAUUACUGAAAUGUUGUUCAGAUUUCUUUUUAGAAAUGAUCUGCUUAAUAACUGACCAAGUCUUCCUCAGGUCAGGUCAUGAAAAUAUUUUUUCCUGGCAACUCUAAUAAGAAAAUUGUACCUAUUUUGAUACUUGUUAUAUCUAGAUUUGUUGGAUUCAGUAGGGUUUGUUUUGAGAAUUCUUCCUGUUACAGGAUACAAAGAGACCUUUUGAAAACCAGGGUUUAGAAGAAUGCUGAGGUUCAGUGUAUACAAGUUUAAGUGGAAAUGACUUAUGAUAUAAUUUUCUGUAAUAAGUAAGACUAGAGAAUGUGCUGUAGGAAUCAUCGGUAGAGUCAGAGUUAUAGAUAGGGACCAAUCAGUGGUUUGCAAUCUAGACCUAAAUGCUGUAAGUUUUGCAGAGUCAAUGAGGUGUGCCAAUCUCUUUUGGCAAAGUGAUUCAGCAUCCAAUUUUAGAUGAGUGACUUGGAAAAUUGUGCCUUUGUGUUGCCCAUUUAGAGAUUUUCAAGGAGAAUUCAAUCAAGUUCUUCAAAAAAAUACUAAGCGAUGGUCAGAGUAAACAAUAAAUUGCCAUCUUGGUCCACUGAUCGCUGACCUCUGACCUAACUGUAAUUUAAUUCCAUAAACAAGAUGUAUUGUAAUUGAUCUUACUAGGAUAAAGUUAAACUCUUUUUAUAUUUUAAGAGAACAUAGGUGCCCGCAGGGCUCAAAAUAACGGACAGCAGGUCACCGGUCAUGAUGACCGGCCAAAUAUUUUUUAGCCCGGACAAACCCCGAUUUUGGCCGGUCAAAUAAUGAAUACUAUAAUUUUUUUUUUGCCUAUAGAAUAUCAAAUUGCGCUGGCAAUAGAUCGUUGUACUGCACUGACGUUCAUGUUUUUGGCGGCAAGUUGGUGAAAAAUUCAUCCACACGUUUUUGAGUUCCUUUUUUAUGUGCGUUUAUAUCCCGGGGAGGGUACUCCCAUACAUUACCUAUACGGGUAUGUGCAGCCCAAAGGGGUCGUGAUUUUGAAGCUCCUGAUUUAGAACGGGGUAUCCAUUUCAGAAGCGUUUUCUAGAAAGGGGUAUAAUAUUUUGAACGCACAAAAGCUCCACUUUUGUAAGCAGCCAUUUGAAAUUAUUCAAGGACAGAUUGCUUUAAAAAAUACGGUUCAAUGCGUUAACAAGCAAACUGUUGUACUCUUCAGUUGCACCCUAGAACAGAGUAUAAAAAAUUGGCCCAUUUCUAGAACGGGGUAUCAGUUUUAGGGCGAAUUCUAGAACGGGGUAUAAGAAAUUGGCCCAUUUCUAGAACGGGGUAUCAAUUUUAGGGGAAUUUGUUUUUAGAACGGGGUGCUAAUUUGGAGUCCCGGGCGGCACAUACCCACACAAAAAAUACCCAAGUGCCCCCGGGGUUUAUAUAUACCUUGAGUAUCAUCGUAUGGUGGUGUCUGAAGUCUCCAAGGUUGGUCCUAUAUCUGCAUAUCAGUUACACUUGAUCUUUUUUGUCGCCUGGCACGUGAUCGAAAGUCUCCUCCACAAAGAUGAAACGUUGCUAAUUAUUUCUGGCAAAGAAGUUAGUCAAUAAAUAUACAGCAGAGCUCUUGUUUAGGUCGUCACGCAACACUUUAUUGCGAAGGGCCCAUUAACGUUAUCAGAAAUUUGCUUAAAGCUGUUUACAAGAAGGAGGAUUUUAAGCACCGAGAUAGGCGACAUUCGUUCUUGAUUAGCUUAGUUUUUAUCAGACAAUUCUGGAAUCGAGUCCGCAAACGAGAUUCAUGUUUGACAUAAAGAAAUUAUAAUUAAUCGAUGCACUGAAAUUUAUUCCCGGAGAAACAGUACAGGACGAGCGAUCGAUUUACCCAAAUUCCAUCAAAGGUGAUUUUCACAAUCCUCUUACAAGUAGAUUUGAAAUGUUUAAUGGACAAAAACCGUUAGCUUUUCUUUAGUUUUCUAACAAAUAACAGAUUAUCGUUAGUGCAUGUUUUCCCAAAGAAGGUCACAUUUAAAUACUAAUCACAGCAAAGCAGAACGUACAGUACGACUUGCUGCAUUGUUGCGUUACUCCACAACUCAGUUUGUUGUUGUUUCGCUUUGUUGCGUUUCAUUAAGACAUGACGACAUGAAAUUUAUUGCGGCAUUCUUUUUGUUUAAAGGGUUUAGUGCAAAGCAGCAAAAAAAGCCAAUGAAAAAAGAAAUCAUUACAGCGUUAUAGAGCAAAACGCGUUAAGCGACAACUAUAUGGAAAAUAUUAUAAAAUGUUCCCAUACAAAAAUGGCCGGCCAAAAUGACCGGCAAGACGAGAGUUUGACCGGUCAAGUCCACGAUCAGGCCGGACAUUGUCUGUUGACCGGCUGUUUUUUUUAACCCUGGGUGGUGGACAAAACACUGACUCAAUCCCCAGUCCAUUGACUAAAAAUGGGCCAUGCUGCUGAAGUUUAGUGAUUGGGGUUAGGAAAGUGAGUGAAUCAGACCUGUUCCAUUUAGGGUCAUUAUAGCGGAGCACCAUGGGUAAUAAAAUUUGGUAAACUAUCCAUCCAAGGAAAUUUGGUUGUGACGUCACUGUAUGUCUGUCCGUAUGUCCGUAUGGACUUUCCGGAUAGGGGUAAGUAGAAACAAAUUCCUCCCCUCUCUCCUAGAGAGUUUUGUGCCCAAUUGUUUCAAAAGCCUUUAGAAAUGAUGACAAAUCAGAAUCUGUCAACUGACCAAAUGUUUGGUGGAUUUUAAGGGCCGACCAUUUGACUUUUGAGGGGGUUAUGGGUGAUUUCAGAAAAAAUGUCUCGCAGACUGAUUUUGAGAGGUGGGUUUGAGCACGCUGAAGUGUGAAAUUACAUCAAAAAAUGCAAAAAUGAAGUUAAAUCAAGCCACCAGAUGCUAGUUAAGGUCAUUUGGCCAAAUUAACGAUUUAUUUCUUCAAUCGAUCUUCAAUGUAUAUGUAAACAAUCGAGGAUUGUGGCAGUUUAGGUUUCACGGAGUGCACGUCAAUCAUGAUUCACAAUUCAUCGACACUAAAAAUAGUCAAUCACAGAACAACGAAAAUAAGCUUGCCCCCCCCCCCUCCAGUUUUGUAUAAAUAGUCUCGUCAAAAUCUGUAAUAGUCACUUAAGAUCACUUCUGAAAAUGUAUGUUGACUAGCUUACAAAACGUCAGGUUCACCUGAAAAUACAAAAGUUCACUAUGUUUAUCACCGCUGUUCAUUUUUUAUUUUUGACUAAUCACUAAACUUUAGCGGCGUAGUCCAUUUUAGAGUAGUCCAUGGAUAGUCCAUGAUGAUAGUCCAUGGACUGUGGUCAGUGGUUUGUCCACCACCACAAGCAUGUCAGUCUGUUAUUCCAAUGAGAAUAACAGUAUCAGGGAUAGAAGAAUUUACUACUAAUUUACUAUAAACUAACUACUGCUUUGCUAUUUUUAAAUUAUAUAGGCCAAGUCACACUUGUGUGCUGCCAAGUGCUGUGAGAAUCAAUCUGCCAGUAAAGAUGAGGUUCAACAGUGCAUGAAUCAGUGUUUUGCACCAAUUCAACAAAUACAGGAGUACAUUGGAAAAGAACUAAAUGGAUUUCAGGUUAGCUAUUUAUUAUGUUGGGUUACAGUGAGAACUUUUUGUAUCAUAUAUAUUUGUCUUAAUUUGUUUUUGAUUUUGUCUUGUUUUCAUUUAGCCUGUUCCAGGCAUUCAGAUAGUUGAGAAUAGCACGAAGUAAAAAGGGAUGUGAAAAAAUGAAAAAACAAGGAAGGGUGUGAGAGAAGAGUCCAGAGAGAGUCUCAAUCCCUCUUACUUUAUUUACUUCCUGUCCAGUUCCAACUAUGUGAAAGCCUGGAAAAUGCUUAUUGUCAUUUAACAAAAUGCUACAUGCCACUAACUAUAUUGUGACAUACAUGUAUGAGCAUUCUUCAGGAUUGAAAAUGUAACUGAACUUCCCAAGCUACAACCCAAAAUAACAGCUAUCUGCUACUUUAGAAAUAAGAAGGGAACUGAAGUGGAAAUGCGUCCUGCAGUUGUUUUUGUGAUCAUUGCUGCAGACGCGCUAGUCAGCUAUUGGUCAUUGUUUUUCCUGUCCCUAGAGACCAGAAGCCAUUCCAACGGCCCAAUUCCCUUCUCAUUUGUAAAGUGGUGAAUAGAGUUGGUCACUCCAAGAUGUUCAGACUAUAGUCCUGUGUCUAGGAAAACUGGUGGCUGCUUCCCUGAGGCAGUCACAUAUGCAGGGCCUGAAAAAAGUCCCAUCUGGUUGUCUGGGACAAGCAGAUUUUCUUGUUGAGCAAGUAAAAUUUUUAACCUCCCUUGUCCAAUGUGUAAAGGUGGGUUCAGGCAAGUCAUCUGGUAUAAUAAUCAUCAGCUAAGACAAGCAAGUACCGGCCCUGGGCUGGCAAUCAAAAAUAUGUGAGAGCUGCUUGUCCUAAGGACAAGCUGCAAUUUAAGCUUUUUUGAAGCCCUGAUAUGGACAUUUGAAGUUGAAUAUUAAUCCUUAUUAGUAUGGAUCUAGGCACAAAGGGAUUCUAGCUAGGGUUACUGUUCGGGAUCAGGCAGAAAUCGUAAGCUGUGUUUAGCUAAGAACACAUGUAAGUCAAUAGGACUAAAUACAGCCAAUAGAACUGUAUAUCUGCAGUAAAACUACUAGGUUUUGCUCAAUAAACUGUCUAGCAAAAUCAUGGCAUGCAACGAUAUUUAAGCUAGGUUUUCAGUGCUUACUUCACAUAGUAUUUUUAACAGCGAGCAGUGCACAUUGCAAUUAGUCUUACAUAAGUUUUAUUUAGCUUGUACAUGUUUAGAAUUUUGCCUUUAAGUAUUAAUAUGAAACUGUUUCUUACUCUACUUGUAGGAUCGCCUGGGUCGCUGUGCCCAACAAUGUCAAGACAAGAUUCAAGACAAUGUGGACCCAACUACUACACAAUCAGAGCUCACAAAAUAUCAGGCUGAACUGAACAAAUGUGUGGAUCAAUGUUGCAUAUCUCACUCAGAACUUGUACCAAAAAUGUUUGAGAGAAUGAAGAAGGUUUUAUCACAAGUACAGGAUGCUGGGCCCAGAUAGUAUUUGCUUUAAUGAGACAGGACAUAAGGAUUUUUUUAAGAUCUUUAAAUGAAAAAUUAUUUUGUGAUAAUACGCCCAAUGUUGAGAACAGAAAUAACCACUACCUUCAAAUUCGGAAACCAGGAAUUGUUUAUUACUGUCUAUGAUAGUAGUGACUGAGAUUGCUUUUCAUCCGUCAAUGUAGUCUAGCCAGGUUAAAUUCCCAGACU